UAUCAAUUAUAUCUGUGGGUAGUAUGCUGUAUCCGAGUGUAUCUCCUAGCAGGGUUGUAUAACUGGGUACUAUAUCGACAGUGUAGAAUGGCAACUGUGACGGAGCUACAAGCGGAGCUCUUGGCUGCUUUGUUGAACAGCGGCGUUAGCAGCGAUACAGUUAUCCAAGCCGUGCGAGCGCUGGAGAAACAAAUGAAACCAGACUUUGGUAAAUUGGAGAAACUUGUCAAUGGAGGCGAGCAGGCAGAACAUUUCAGCGAAGCAUCCGGUGGUAGCGACGUUCAAUGCACAACUCCCUCGCUCUCCGAUCUCAAAUCGAAUGGCCAAUCUAUUGCCGAGCAAUUGUUGAGGCACGACCCGUGGAAAAGCGCGAAGAUAAUCAAGCAGUACAUGCAACAACAUAACAUCCCUCAGAGGGAGGCGGUUGAAACGACGGGCCUAAAUCAAAGUCAUCUCUCGCAACAUUUGAACAAGGGAACGCCGAUGAAAACUCAGAAAAGAAUGACGCUUUAUAAAUGGUUUGAAGCGAAACAGAAAGAGGUUGCGGCACAGUACACCAACGUUUCUGGAAAGCGGCAUUCAGAUCACGAUUUAAGCCCAUCGAAUUCGAGUUCAGCUUACAAACGAUCGAGGAGGAAUCGUUUCAAAUGGGGACAUGCAUCGACAGAAAUACUUUACGGAGCUUACGACUCACAGAGAAACCCUUCCAAAGACGAACGGGAAUUGUUGGUCAAAGCAUGCAAUGAUGCAGAAUGCGAGCAACGUGGGAUCCCGUUGGAGCAAGUCAACAACCUUGGACCAAAUUUAGUGACAGAAAGUCGAGUCUACAACUGGUUUGCUAAUCGCAGGAAGGAAGAGGCGUUUAAAGUGAAGCUCGCAAUGGAUGCUGGGACAUAUCCUGUCACAGGUAACGGCGGCAUUGAUCAUCAUACGUCCAGGAUCGACGCCAAACACGCACCAAAUACGCCUAGCAUCGAGAAACCAAUCAUGCCCAAACCUCCCCCUCUGCCAACGUUCGCGACCCACCCACUCCCCAAGUUUAACGAUACUCAGUCUUUGGAGCGAGAGGUGACCCCGCAGACACCUGUGUCAUCGACACCCAUCUCCACCACGUCCCAGCUUUCAACGACCCCACUAGCCCGACUACCAACAAUGUCUUUGAUCAAAUUCGAAUCGAGUCCCCCGCCCGUGACGCAGGCAACUAGUGUGUCGUAUGGUCACCUUCAGCGGCCAAUAUCGGUAGCAUUCGGUGCAAUGCCACAUCAAAUUCUAACCCCAGCUCAACUGCAGGUUAUAACUGGUUUAGUACCCAGUCAGAUGUUGCCAAUGUCGCAUGCUGCCACGGGCAUUGUUGCUCAGCCGGGCGACAUCGGAACGCCGGGUGCUAUUCCGCCGGGGCACGUGACAAACCUCAUGUUACCGAGUCAUCUUAGCAGCCAGCCAAUCCCAGUGCACGCUGUGACUUUGAUGUCAAUGACCAGCGGUCAGCCACAAGUGGUGUACUCCAUGUCUUCUCAACCAUCGGUGAAUUCAGCUUUGAUUUCGAGUACAGUUUCCCCUUCGACGGUCACCGCUGCCCCGGGCGUUCCACUGUCCGUUGGCUCAAGCAGUGACGUCACCAUUCAGCACCAGUCCGCUUUGCCGCAAAUUACCACAGUACAAAGCGUGACAACAAUGCAGCCGGGAAAUGUAAACGGGUCAUCUUUAUCGAAUCAAAUUUCCAGUCCAGGAGUUGCGCCUAUCAGUAUUCAGUCCCAGGCCUUUGUGCCGUCGUCCGUCAGAUGUGCUUUGUCAAAACAGGAGCUGACGCAAACACAUGUCCAGUCCCCUGGCGCGAUUUACACAGGUAUGCCAAGCCUGCGUCCCAACAGCUUGAGAGAUAAUUCAAGGCAGCUUCAUCAGAGUGCACCCGAGGGGGUGUUAAACUCUGCCGCCGGGGUCCUAAAAUCCGAUGGGAUUUUUAACUCCGGUAGUGUUGUGAAACCCGAUGAUGCUUUGAACACUGAGGAUACAUUCGUUGUCGAGAUGAAACCAGUAGGGGUGAAAGAGGGUAAAGCAGUACAGAGUCCUGGAAGUACCCAAAAUGGCAACGAUAAUCCCCAAAUGCCGAUACGUUUUGUCACAGACGUGCCCGAGGUGGCGCAAGAGAUUGUCAGCGGAAAUGAGUUUGAAGAACCGACCCUGACCCUGAGUGAGGAGGGCGUGGUCCAAAUUGACGAAUCAUCCCAGAAUACUUUGCAAGCUGGUUCUGAAAUUCGUAGGGUUAAUGAAGGAAACGGAUAGAUAGUGUUGGAUAUAUAAUACAUUGUUUAAAGUAUUUUUUAAUUAAUAUAUGGCUAAAGUUAAAACAGUUACUAUUCAUUUUUUUAUUAAUUUGUCAUUAU